UAGGAGGGGACAGACUGCAGAGGCCGGGGCGGGCUGCACUGCACAGGAACACGGCGCGUGGCCUCUUGGCUGGUGGUGCUGGGCGCGCCAAGCCAAUGGAAGGAGGCGCCGGGGCACCCCGGGGACAAGGGAAUCCCUGGGCGAGGGGCUGAGAAGGGGCUCAGAAGAGAUGCCCAGGACCCUCUGGGAGGAGCGAGGGCAUCUGUGCCCCAAACACGCAACAAGAAAACCGCACCCACUGGCGCCCAGAGGCAGCCCAAGGCUGGCGCCGAGAUAGGAUCAUACCCCUCUUAGGCUGCAGUGCUGAGAGCUCCUCUCCUCACACCAAGCUGAUCUCCUCUUCCAGGAUUUGCCGCUGUCUCUGCUGCUCCAUCCUCCCCACAGAGGCCCUCUCCCCUCUCCCAUCACAAGAUGGCAGCCAGCAGCUCUGAAGUCUCUGAGAUAAAGGGGAUAGAGGGGGGUCCCCAGGCCCAGGGCAAAGGGCCUGGCCGUUCUGAGGCGGGGACUGGCCCUCCCCAGGCCCCAGCUGAGGUCCCAGAGGAGCCAGAGGCCCGGCAGUCAGGUCCAGACACCACUCUGGACCCUGUGGACUCAGAGCCCAAGGCUGGGCUAGCUCCAGAAACCACAGAGACCCCAACAGGGGCCCCAGAAACAGCCCAGGCCAAAGAUCUUAGCUCCAGCCCAGGAGGGGAACCAAAGGCCAACUCCAGGCCCAAGGAAGUGUGCCAAGAGCCAGCAGCCAAGCCCGAGACGAGCAAAGAGGCCUCUGCCGACCAGGGGUCAGCCCUGGAACCUGCGGGCCUGUGUGAGCCAGCCUCAGAGCCCGCACCCCAGCUGGACCUCCAGCCAGUUUCCCAGCCCACUCCCAAGCCAGCCCUUCAGACAGAGCCCCUCAUCCAGGAGGAGCCCACACCGGAGGCCUUGACUGAGAGCGUGGGGGAAAAGCAGGAGAACGGGGCGGUGGUUCCCCUGCAGGCUGGCGAUGGGGAGGAGGGCCCCGCUCCCCGGCCCCACUCCUCACCCUCCACAAAGCCCCCUCCGGCCAACGGGGCUCCUCCCCGCGUGCUGCAGCAGCUUGUCGAGGAGGACCGAGUAGGAAGGGCUCACAGUGGGCACCCAGGGUCUCCCCGAGGCAGCCUGAGCCGCCACCCCAGCUCCCAGCUAGCAGGAUCUGGGGUGGAGGGGGGUGAAGGCACCCAGAAACCUCGCGACUACAUCAUCCUCGCCAUCCUGUCCUGCUUCUGCCCCAUGUGGCCUGUCAACAUCGUGGCCUUCGCUUAUGCCGUUAUGUCCCGGAACAGCCUGCAGCAGGGGGACGUGGAUGGGGCCCUGCGUCUGGGGCGAGUGGCGAAGCUCUUGAGCAUCGUGGCGCUGGUAGGGGGGGUCCUCAUCAUCAUCGCCUCCUGUGUCAUCAACCUGGGCGUGUAUAAGUGAGGGCUCUGCCCUGCACUCCAAGACUUUCCUUCCUGUUGGGAGCCAUCUUGGGCCCACCCUCCCCUGCUCCCCUGCCGGGAGCCAAUCGAUGGCCCAGGCCCGCACCCAUAGGGACCAAGGGAGCCUGAGCGGCCUUGUUUACAGCUUCUUUCCUGAUCCUGCAUCUUGCCAGGCUCCUCUGCCAGCCGUAGGCCUCCCUUCUCCCUGCACCGUUUCCAGUCUUCCUGCACUUCUGCCUGCAGCCAGCCCGGCCUCUGGCCUCUCAUCCUGCACUUCCGGAAACCUCCCUGAACAUCUCCCAGACUCUUCGCUCUCAGCCUCCCUGCAUUUCUCCUGACUUGCACUUCUUCAAACCUCCCAAAUUAUCUGCACUUCCAACCUGGUCUCCUCCCCACUCACCCCCAACUUUCAUUGUCUUGCCAUUUCCCCUCCCACACACACUCCCCAAUUCCUCUAUUCCUUCUCUCUUUUUUCAUCUCUCCCUCCCUCUCCACACCCUCCUCCCUGUCCCUCCUCCUGCCUCAUCUCCCCCCAGCACCCAUCUCCUCCCCUAAGGGUACUCUCCUCUGAUUUUUCUGCUGUCACUGAUUAUUCUGCAAAAACUCCAGGACUUAGAUCAGGGCUGGGAAAGGGCAGCAAUGUCGGGAGAGGACCCUCUAGCCCAGGGCUGUUCUCUGUUGGCACGACCCAGGUCCGGAUGCCUCCAGGGUGCCCGGGGUGGCAGAGCUGGCCGGCCAGGGCUCCUCUGGGGGCUUGUGCAGGAUGGUGAGCGCCGUUCCAAACACCGGGGAGAAGGGAGGGGUGCGGCGACCGCCCCUCCCCGGUCGGGCCUACUUUAUUGACCUGCCCCACCUGGGCUUUUUAACCCAGUCGGCAAGUUUCUUAAAGGCGAGAACUGGGGUGACUCACGUGCUUUGUAACGAAAGAACCCCCAAAACAGGACCAAAGCUACCAGCCUCCAGGAGCGCGGGAGGAACGGGGCGCUGAAUAACUAUUUUCUAAGAGGAGGGAAGUGUGUUGCACGCGAUCUUCCGCUAGGGAGGCAGAGACCUAGCUACCACGCGGUUUGGAGUUAGCGGGUUUUUUUGUUUUAUGGGGUUGGGGGAAAAAACACCAAAAAAAACCCUAAAAGUCUACACAAAAAAAAAAAGGAUACAUUAAACUAAUUCUCCCUUUUUGUAUGCCGGAUGCUGCAUGAGUCUGAAACACCAAUAAAUGGAGACUGCAUGAAA